AUGUCUCAUGAAGUAUUCCGUUUGCGUGAACUCAAGCAAAAGUUGCCGUACAAAAUUGAAUCUAUAGCUACCGCAGGAAAUAAUUUUUUUCUUGGCACCAAUGAUGGAAAACUUGUUGUUUAUGAAGUAAGUACGGGUAGCACCUGUGAUGCCCAGUGUGUUUAUAUUCACACUUCUAAGCAUAAACAACCCAUUCGUAUGAUUAUCCCUAUAGUGGAAAAAGAGAUUCUCCUGGCUCUGGCGGGUGAUAUUAUCGUGGUCCAUCACCUUCCUCGUCUGAGUCGCACCCACUUGGAUGAUCUUCCGGAGGAUCGUAUGCCCGAACUCGGUGUGGUGCGUGGGGCCAAGGACGUUGUGGCCUUCCACGUAAAGCGGCAGCGGGGGACCUUCAGCCUGGCGGUGCUGCAGCGAAAGAAAAUCGCCGUUUACGACUAUCACGACGAGUCGCGGGCUUUCGUGUUGACGCGCGACGGACUGCCGGCGCCGGACGGGGCCCGAUCGCUGCUGUGGGCGGGGCGGCGUCUCCUCCUCGCCGGCCGCCGGGGGUACGCCCUCGUGGACCCCGCCGGGAGUGGACCCGCGGGCGGCGGUCUCCCCAUCCCUCUCCCCAUCCCUCUUUCUUCUUCUUCUUCGCUGGCCGCCCCGAGGCUUCUCUCUUUAGAUCCCGUUCCGGAGGUCCUCCUCGGUGACGCCCGCGCCCUUCACGACGGCAGCCCCGUCCCGGGAACCGCAGCCAUUCACGUACCUCCCCCACCAGCAUGCGCAACAUACAUACACCCCUUUCUUCUUACUGCAAACGACGUAAGUGGCAUUGAGGUACACAUACCCUUCCUCAAUACACAACCAGAGGGAACACCAUCUACACUUUGUCAGAUGAUUAGUAUUAAAAAUGUAGAUCGUAUCUCACAAAGACCAUUCGCUGACUUUGAUGCAAGAUUACCCACUCGUGAAACUUCACUAGACACACUACAUAAGGAUAUUACUAUCGCACUCAGUACUAGUAGUAGUACAGUUUAUCUCCUUGAAGAGGUUUCAUUACAAGAGCAAAUUACAGCUCUCGCCGCAGCAAAAUGUUUUGAAACAGGAUUACUUCUUUCUCAACUCUGUAUUAAUGAGGUGGAACAGGCCACUGUGAAUAGCCUAAAAACACAAUUUGCACUAUGGAGUUUUAUUGUAAAAAAAGAUUUUAAGGCUGCCAUGUUACGUUUCCGUGAUGCAGAUGUUGAUCCACGUUUGGUGAUAGAUCUUUUUCCAGGUUUUCUUACUCAACGAGCAAGAGAAUCAUGGCAACCUCCAAAGGAAUAUACAAAAUCACUUGAUACAACAGAGUUAGCACCUCAUAUGCAAGAAGCUGUUACAGCUUUUCUUGAUUACGCUAUACCAAUGCGACGAGAAAUUGAAGAAUCAGAAAAAGAUGCAUUAGUGUUAUUAGAAGCUAUCGAUACUGCUAUUUUAAAAGCAUAUGUGGUUAUUGGACAGGAACACCAGUUACUUCAUUUUCUUAGUGAGAAGAAUACAUGCUCUCUCACUGAGACGGAGGUAUUCUUAGCUGAUAGUGAAGAGUGGGUGGCUUUAAUAGCAUUAUGGUACCAAUCCAAACAGCAUAGUAGAAUUCUUGGGUUACUCUAUACACUUGGUACAACAGGGGAACGAGUUUCAUUAGAGUCUAAAACUUUACUUUCACCUCCUCAAGUAGUAGGGUUUUCUUUUGAUUCUAAGGUAAUUCAUAUACUUCAACAAGUUUUAUCUUCUCCUCUUUUAGGGGGAAAUAGUAACAGUGAUUUCACCUCACAAAGUGUUAUUGCAAAAAUUCUCGCUAAUAUUGUAGUAAAUAUGGAAAAAUCAGAGAAAUUAUACCUUCUCCGUCGUUGCGUUGGUGUAGUCACCACAAUCCGCUAUGUACAGAUGUUAUCAUGGAGUGAACAGGAUAAUAUUGUAUUGAUUGAGCGGUACACACCAUGGAUUCUGGCAAACCUUCCUCCACAUUGGUCUGUCACUAUGUUCCCUCCAUCACUAGUACAAGUACAACACCACCAUACAAUUCUUCAACUUUUGAGUACUGAUAUGAGUAAAAUAGGAUCUGUACAAAGUCAGGAACGUGUGGUGGAAUGGCUUUCAUUACUAUUUGGUGAUGCUUGCAAUACUUGCAAGGAUGCUGUUAUGCAUAAUGCCUAUUGGGAAAAUUUAGCACAAUUGUUGCUAACCCAUUCUACUCUAUUGGAAGGAAAAGAAAAAACAGAACAAGAUAAAAAGGAACAAAAACGAGAAGAAGAAAAAGAAAAAGAAGAACAAAAAAAAUUAUGGCGACGAAGACUAGAUGACUUUCUUCGAGUCUCACGUUACAUAGAUAUGGAAAAAGCAAAGUUAUUCUUUGAGCGACCUGAUGUAAAAAAAUACGCCUAUACAGAGUGUGCUAUUAUUUAUCAAAGGCUUAAACUCCACGAACAGGCUAUUCGUAUGUUUCUAUAUGAGGCAAAACAACUAAAGGAAGCCCAAGACUACGCCACUCAGGUUAGUCGUGAUGGAGAAGAUGCCUUCUGUGUGUUGCUACGACUUUUACUAGAUCCCGGUGAUACAGGUGCACCUCCUCUCUUGGAGGACGCAAUUGCUAUUAUUAACUCAUCUGAAGGGGCAGAUCCAUUAACGGUGUUACCUAUGCUUCCUGAGAGUACACCUAUUGCUGCUAUAGCGGAUUUUAUGCAACACUCACUUCGUGAUGUAUCUACACGGAGUCACAAUGCGGCUAUUUAUGCUAAUAUUCUCCAGGCUCGUAUACAUCAAGCAGAAUUGACACUCGCAAGAGAACGAUCUAAACGUGCAGUGAUGGAUUUAGGAACGUGCUGUGCGGUGUGUCAUAAGAAACUUCGCCCUGGUAUUGUUUUUAUGCGAUUUCCAAAUGGUGUGAUAGUACACCAAGCUUGCAUGGAGGAUGAACAUAUUUGUCCAGUAACACAAGAAGACUUUCGUCGAGAUAUUGAACCUACUGCUAGAGAGGCGUUUUAG